AGUUACUGUCAAAAAUGGUUUUUAAUAAAGACAGUGUCAAUAAACUAGAAAUAAAUAAUUUUUGUUUCUAAGAAAUAAAAAUGUUUUCCCAUUUUCUAAAUACGUGAAUAAAACAUGGCAAUGGACACCUCGAAUGAGCUUCUCAUGCAAGCAGUAUAUAAACAUGACCUAACAUUAAUAAACUGCUAUUUACUAAAAGGUGCCAGCAUUAACAAAAUAUGCUCUAACGGUAUGACACCCUUAGGGGUAGCAGCACAAACUGGAAACUUGCCCCUUUUAAAAGCUUUAUUAGAACAUCACACUCCUUCGAACAAUUUAGAUAUUAGAAACGAGAAUUUCAGUAAGCCACAUUACCUUCAUUUAGAUAGUAACGAUCAAAAACGUUAUAAGAAUAUUGGUUAUUUUGUGGUAUGUAAAGAUGUAGAAGAAAAUGAAUUUGGAGAUGGGCCUACUCCAGAUGGAAUGGAAGCUUUAGAAUGGGAUAUGGAAGUUAAUGAAACUGAUUUUUCACCCGAUGAUAAUGGCAUAGAAGAUAGUGAUUUAAAUAUGUACAAAUGGUAUGCCAACAUACUAACUCGCACAUCUAUACUGCUAGAUUCACCAGAACGUGACAUUUCACGUUUAGAUAGACACGGACAAAGUGUUCUACAUUAUGCUGUUAAUACAGGAAAUAUUGAUAUGGUUGAAUAUCUUAUGACCACAGGUGGCAAGGAUAUAAGUGUAAACCAAUGUGAUGCUUGCUGCUUUAGUCCAUUACAUAUGGCAGCUGCAAAUGGAGAUAUAGAAAUGACAAAGUGGCUUCUGGAUAAAGGAGCUAAUGUAAAUGCUGUUGGUGGAAGGCACAGACAAAAUGCUCUACAUGUAGCUACUAGAGGACCUUAUUUAGCAUUAAUGAGGAUUUUGGUAGAAGCAGGAGCUGAUGUUAAUGCUGUAGAUGUAGAGGAACAUUCCAUUUUAACGUGUGCUGUCCGUCAAGGUUGUGAAGAAACUGUCAGGUUUCUUGUUAGGAAAGGAGCAAGGGUUAACCAUGAAGAAUCAGGUGGUGUAACAGCGUUACGGUUGGGUAUUUGGGCAAAUAAUUCUGCAGUGGUGAAGAUCCUCUUAGAAAAUGGAGCUCGGGUUAUUCACUCUCAUCAUUUGGUUCAUGUGGCAGUUUCAAACAACAAUCUAGAUAUUAUAAAAAUGUUGGUCGAAUCAGGCGCUAUGGUUAAUUCUAGAGACGAUCAAGGACAAACUCCUCUUAUGCUGGCUUGUUCAAGAAAGAAUUUUGCUAUUGCCAAAUACUUACUUUCACAAGGUGCUGAUGUAAAUGCGGCCAAUCACAUCGAUGGGAAAACUGCGCUGCAUGUAUGUGUGCAAGACGUCAGAGAAACAAAAAGCAUUUAUCAACUUGUGGAUUUAUUGGUAAAGUAUGGAGCGGAUAUGAACGCUUCUAGUUACCAAGGUAACGUUCUUUUUUAUUCGAUAAUUCUGGAGAAUAGGAGUGCUGCUAUAGCCUUGGUUCAACACGGAGCAGACGUAAAUAUUAGAGACGAACGAGCUUAUGUUGAUAAUUUGAGUCUAGCAAAAAGGCACGGGGAUUUGGAGUUGGUCAAAUUGUUGGUAUAUGGAGGAUUCAAGCUUUCCGAUAUGACCUGGGAUCCUCGAGCGCUGCGGACCAAAUCUCCCGAUUCAGCCUGUGAUUUUUUAGUUAAUAUAAAAAUGAAUCCCUUAAAUUUACGAGAAAUUUGCCGGAUAGCUAUAAGAAAACAAAUAGGGUCCAAAGGUUUGAUGUCUCGUAUAUUAGCACUGCCACUACCUACGGUUCUACAAAGGUACCUAUCGCUAGAAAUAUUGUAAUAAAAGUGAUCUCUUUAAAUGUACGAUUUUAUCUAGUCAUUAGAUGUCUAAUUAAAUAUUCCUUUUUUAUCUUUAUUUAUUAAAUAGAUUAUAUCAAAAGUAAAAA